AUGUCCUCGUAUAUCAGCUCCCUCUUUACAAGUGCCCGCGACUACCUAUACCAACAAGAAAGCGAUGUCCCACAGAAUACCUCGCGGCAAGCACAGUCUUCCAAUCUACAGUCUCCAACACCACCAGAUACCAAUCGAUACCCCAGUAACCCAACCGACAUCCACCACACAAUCUCGCUCCUCAAUCACGCCUCGCCUCAACCCCUACCAGCCGAACUCCUCAAACAAAUCCUCCAACACGCCUCCUACGACAGCAUAACCUACUCCGCCUCCCUAACCCAACCCCUAAACACCAUAGCCCGCAGCGCCGCGGGUCCCCCAGCACGAGCAUGCGUUGAAACACCUCCACUGCAAUAUCUCGGACCUCAAGAUCUCGCCGUAAAUCCAGAAGCAUCAUCGCGCGGGAGAAUCCGGAGGUUACGUUUGGAAUUCACGGGAAGAGAUCAAGGCUGGACUUCGGACCCGAAUACUGCUUCUUGGAGUUGGUUUGAGAUUGCGACGAGGAGGUUUGGGGAGCAGGGGUUGGAGCGAGGGCCGGUUUUGGCACAUAAUGCGGUUGCGGGGAGGGAUUGGGAGGAUUUUGUGAUUGAGUAUCGUAGAGAUGAUGAGGAAGGGUCAGAAGAGGGCGUGAGUGAGGAGCUACGACAGUGGAUUGAAAAGUUGGGAGAGGGGGAUCGAGUGGCGAUUGUGCCAAUGGCGAAAUAUGGAGGUUGGCAGUGUCGUGUUUCGAAAGCUAGGAUCGAUGUUGAAGUGGAGGUUUGGUAUUGA